AUGCUUGAAAUUACAAAUAAUUUUUUUAAUCUGUUAAUCUGCAAUCCUAAAUAUUUGAAUGGAAUUCAGUUAUCAGGUUUUAUUGAUGAUACAAACAAGUUGGAGAUAUUGAGAAAUCAACAAUUUAUGAAUUUAGAGCGUCUUGACUUGAGCCUUAAUAUAAUUGAACGAAUUGAUAAUUUAAAUCAUUUCAUUAAUUUAACAAAAUUAUUACUAGAUAACAACAAGAUACAUAUAUUGGAAAACUUAGAAAAUCUUGUUAAUUUAGAAGUAUUAUAUUUAUCACACAACAAUUUAACGAAAAUAGAAAAUUUAGAUUGUUUAACUGGUUUGGAAAAGUUGGACUUAGAUUUUAAUAAAAAGCUACAUACUUUGUGUAUUUCGAAAAAUGAAAUUAGUAAAUUUGAAAAUUUGAACAUUAAUCUAGAGGUUUGUGAGAUAAAUGGUAAUAAGGUUACAAAUAUUGAAAAUUUAGAUCAGUUGGUCAAUCUAAAACUACUUUCGUUAGAAGGUAAUGAAAUCAAAAAGCUUGAGAAUUUGGAUAAAUUGACAAAUCUUGAACAAUUAUCAGUUAGAGAAAAUCAAAUCACAAAACUUGAGAAUUUGAAUAAACUAAUCAAUUUAAAAGAACUAUCACUAUAUGGAAAUAAAAUUGGAAAAAUCGAAAAUUUGAACAAGUUGAGUAACCUCACUGUACUUGAUUUACGUAGUUGCGAUAUCAGUGAAAUUGAUAACUUGAAAGAGUUGGUUAAUUUGAAUAAGUUAUAUUUGGGAGGCAAUAAUAUACAGAAAAUGCAGAAUAUCAGCCAUUUGAAACACUUGACCAUG